AUGGCAUCGUCAAGCAGACCAUGUACUAUCGACGGAUGUAAAAGUCCAUCACGUACUGUAUGUAUAUGUUGUGAAAAAUGUUAUUGUUUUGAACAUUUAACACAACAUUUUGGUCGAAUUAAUAAUAAAAUACCACCAUUAUCCGAUAAAAUAAAUGGAUUGGCUAAACGAUUAAAUAAAUUUACAUCUAUUGAACCAUCCUAUCUUGUAGCAUUAGAAAAAUGGCGUGUUGAAGCUCAUCGAACAGUUGAACAAUAUUAUGAAUCCAAACGUCGAGAUUUAGUUGAUGAUAGACGUGCAAAAUUAGAAAAAGAAGUUGGACGUGUUCGACAUGUAAUGGAAAAAUUAAUUCGAAAACAUGAUGCCGUUCAACAAGAUGUUGAUCUACUUACACAAGAUAUUCGUUUAAUUGAACAAAAAUUCAGUGAAUUUCAAAGUCUUCGAUUUACUAUACAUCCACUUGUUAUUGAUGAUAGUCUUAUUAUUCAAGAUCUUUUUCCUUUACCUACACCUUGUCGAACAAUGAAAUUACCAUUUGAUGAAUUUCCAGCUUUAGCUAAUAAUGAAAAAUAUUUAUUAGUACAUCAACCACCAAAUAUUUCUUUACUUGAUCGACAUUUUUCAAUUAUUAAGCAAACACCAUGGACUCAUGAUAAUAUUUGGGAUAUGUGUUGGUCAUCAACAUUAAGUCGAUUUAUAAUAGUGACAAAUGAAGAAGCAUUUACACUUGAUCAAAAUACAAUGACAAUGGCAAAAUGUCCAAUUUCAUCGAAUGGUGAAUUAAGUCGUGUAACUUGUUCUGAUUCUGCUUUAUUCUUAUUAACACAAGGAUUAGGUCCAUCUAUUUUUGAAUAUAAACUUCCACCAUCAACUAAAAAUGUUAAAGAACGAAAGUCACCCGAAACAUGUGAACAAUGUGAAUAUAUUUUUGAUCUUAAAGCAAAUAAUAAAACACUUGCAAUGGUUAUUUAUAAUACAGAAAAUGAUAUAACACGUCUUGAUCUUAAAUCUUCAAUAAAUCUUCAACGUCUUUGGUCAGUCGAUGUUGGACAAGGAUUUCGUUGUUGUUUACUUCAUGGUGAACAAUGGAUGGUUGCAGAUGCUUUAAGUCGUCGACUUUAUCAUAUUUCUAAUACUGGAAAACUUUUGAAAGCUGAUAAAUAUGCUCAUCAACCUUGGAAUAUUAUUCAAUGGGGUAAAUUUAUUAUUGGUAUAAGAACAAAUGAAGCUAUUAAUUUAUAUUAA